UUAUAAAAUAUAAAGUUAUUUACUUUUUAAAACUAUAAUAAGUAAAAUAAUCAAUUUAAUAAAAAAAAAUUGUAAACUUCAAUAAAAGAUAAAAGUAAAAUAGAAAUUUUCCAAAAAUAUUAUUGAGUAAUGACUUUGGAUUCUAGUCAAUAUUCUCACGAUGGACACACCACCAAUCAUAUAAAACGUAACUUCGAAAUCCUUAGCUAAACAAAGGAAAUACAAAAAAAACAUGGUCAAUGGAUUCCCUACAAUAGAUGGUCCAACACCCGCCGGAAAACCCUCAUCGGAUAAACACUCCGGCAAAAUUGACGUUGGUCAUCACAUGUACAGCCUUUACUUCAAGGGUUUGGUCAGCGAGGACUCAUUGGCCGGAUUUGGCGUCGCAAUUUUGGGACAGGAAGAUGAACUCGUGUUUCAGAUGAAGGGACCAAUUCAUGGCUCCGACAUUACUGUUUUGGAAGCUGAGCUUAGUGCAUUGAAGCGAGGACUAACCGAAGCUGCGGAUUUAGGGAUCAAUCAUAUCACAAUUUACAGUGAUAAUCAUCCAACUCACGACUUAAUCAGUGGAAGGUUGGUGCCAAAGGAGAAUAAUAUGGCCUUGCUAGUAAACGAUGUGCAGCGCAUCAGGGGAAGGUUUUCGUCUAGCUUUACAAUUUUUGUGCCCCGAUGUAGUAUCAAACAUGCUUAUAAACUAGCUAGAGAAACAAUAGUUUCUGAAAUCAGCAUACCUAUGGAUACUCCUCCUCGACGAGCCAAGCCUGCCCGGAAAAUGACUUGUGCUAUAUGUUUAGAUGAUGAUGUCAAUGCUGAUCAGAUGUUUACUGUUGAUAAAUGUGGUCAUCGGUUUUGUUCCGAGUGUGUGAAACGACACAUAGAGGUAAGGCUACUCGAAGGAAGUGUGAUGACGUGUCCUCAGUUUCGUUGCAAGUCUGAACUGAAUUUUAAUAGAUGUGCCGAUCUUUUGACACCUAAAUUAAGAGAGAUUUGGCGACAAAGGAUCAGAGAGAACUCGAUUCCUUUUGAGGAAAGAGUUUAUUGCCCUAACCCGAAGUGCUCAGCUUUAAUGCGCGUAACCGAGCUUUCAAAACUGAAUAAAGAGAGUGCAGUUAGGAGAUGCUGCGAAAAAUGCGGUGAGCCCUUCUGCACUAACUGCAAGUUUCCAUGGCAUGAUAACUUGUCAUGCGACGAUUUCAAGAUAAUGCAUCCAAAUUUAAGAGAAAGCGAGCUAAAGCUACAUGCCCUAGCAAAUCAGAAACUGUGGCGUCAGUGCGGAAAAUGCCAACACAUGAUUGAACUUUCUAAAGGAUGCGUCCUCGUAGUUUGCAGAUGUGGACAUAAGUUUUGCUACCGAUGUGGAGCCAAUGCUCGAAGUUGCACACAUGGACUUGGCCACGUGUUUCCACCACAGCCUCAGCAGCUGGAAUCACCGCAACCGCCACCGCCAUGCUGGGCACAAUGUUUAUGUUGGUUGUUUCUUCUAUUGUCCGUAUUUUUUAUAUCUGUUGGUAUCAAAUCCUCAUAGUAUAAUCGAGGUUUAAAGGUAGUUUCAAAGGGUUAACAUUUCAAUAGACAAGUUACCAUUCUGAUUAUGAAAACAAUCUGGUCUUCUCGUAUAUAUUUUCUCGUAAUACUAUUCACACUACACCAAAUUUGGUAUGAUAAUGUCACUUUUAGUGUAAGUUGGUGGGAUAGUGUAAAUUUUAGUGUCUCGCUAGAGAUGAAAUUACACCAAAUUUGGUGUUUGUUAUUCCAUUAUAGAUGCCUUAAGCUUUUGGAGAUUAUAGAAACGGGUUAACCGGUAGAAUAUACACAACUGAAAGCAAAAGUAGAGUUAGAAAUGUUGGCCACCUACCACUAACUACCUAAAAUGGCCAGCUUUAUAUCUAAAUUUGGAAUCACCGUCAAGAUUAGUAUAGAGAGUGAGGGGCUAUUCUUUUUUUUCACUGUAACAGGAUGAUUUUGCGUACAAGUGUCGAUUGUGUUUUGCUGCUACAAACACCCAAACUUGGUAUAGAUUUCGCUUUGUGUAAAUAUAACUGUAAACCGAUGACAUGUGGAACAUUAGACAAAAUGAGAUGGUGUAAUAGUAAAAUACAAUUCAUUUAGUAAACACUUUUUACAGAGAACUGCAAUAUUAUACCUCUUGACAUUUCUCUUGUGGGAUAGGAUUUAUGUAUACAUUUUUCUAACUAUGAUUAAUAAAAAUGUUCACAGAAAUCACUUUCUUUUGAGAUUAUUAUGGGUGGCUAAACACAAAAGUGAUUGUGAUCAUGGUAAAUAUGUGGUGUGUGUAUAAGGUACAAUCACAUGAUCAAGUCAUCAAGUAAAGGGAGGGUAAAGGGAAGUUUGAUAAUUCCACAAGCCAAAAGCAGA